AUGGCUGUUGCAGAGAUCACUUCACAUGACACAAUGAGCAAGCCCAUUAUCACCUUGAUGGAGGAUGCCCCCCGGCGCUCCAGCGAUGACGUCGAUGCGUCGCCCGUUUAUACUUCCCACAACCUCGACGACGACCUGGUGUCGCGCAUCGAGAAGCAGGGACAGGGCUCCACUGACGCUUCGGAGGGCCGCGCUGUGACCAAGCGUGUCCCCCGAAAACUAAAAUUCCAGGCUACCGUCGAGGAUGUUUCAACCCCGUUGUUAUCCGCUUCCGCCUUUCCCAAACCAGCCCCAGAGUCAGCACCACUCUCUGCGACGACUGAGGUCAUCCCGCCUGAGGCCGCCCCGUCGCCACGCGGAAGAGGCUCGAAACCUCAAUCUCAGCCUUCCGAUGAUGCCCCGCGAUCUAGUUCGCCCUUGGCCCAUCGCUCUGACAUUGAUCCCGUCAUCAAGGACAAGGUCCCUUCUUCCCGCUCCAGAGACGUACCCCGAGUCCACUUCCAGGACCGCUCGGCCCCAAGCCCAACCGUCGCCACCACCAAGGUGCACCACAACGCGCGCCAAAAUAGCUCCCGCCCGCGUGCACCCAAGGAGACUGACCUGUCCCCUGUUGACCUGAAAUGGGGCCGCUUGGUUGAUGACCAUGGCCAGCCCACCAAGAGACUGGAGAACAUCCUGCACGGCGUCGCCGACUACAUGAUUACUGAAUAUGAGCCCGUCAAUUCAAUUGUCAUCACACCAGAGAAGCUCCUCAGACUGUACAAGUCAUACAACUGCAAGCAGGAGCUGCUUCCCUUCGACUGUCUUUUUGAUUGCUAUGACAUUGAAGAAUACCGUGAUCUUCAAUGUGUAUACACUGCCCUGAGAUGUGAGCACUUUCUGGUGUCAUCGCAGCCAGGUUCUCCCCCAGACAUCCCUGCCCUCACCCCAGCCGGCUUCGCUAAAUGGAUGUCAAUGUUCAUCCUGGCCACUCCUGACCAAGAGGCAUAUCGCCUGGAUAGUAUUGUAGAGAGACUUCCCAUCCAGUGCAAGGGUGCUGCUGGAGAGAUUGAAAGACUCCCCAAGCAGCUGUCUCGACAUCUGCUUCCUGAGAAGCACGAUGAGGAGUCGCGAGUUCUUGUUCUCAGUGCCUACAACAGGGCAUUCCAACGCAGCGCCAUGCGCCAUGCCGAGAUUGAGUCCUCGCUGGUCUCAUCCUCGCGCCGCUCGUCGCGUUCCACAGUGUAUGCGAAUGAUCGCCAGCGCCGUGCUCGCAGAGAUGACUCUACACCCCGCUACAGCCGGGAGAAGAGGAUGAGGGAGCCCGACAGCCCCGAGCGCUCAAAGAGAGAUCGGAGCAGGCGUGCACAGAGCAGGCGACGCAAGUCGGAGUACGGUGACAAUGAGAGCACCACCACCACCCAUCGCCGCCGUCACCACCACAGCCCAGGUCGGAGCCCGCAACGGAGCCCCGAGCGGAGCUCAAGGCGACGCCGGACAGAUUCAUCCCCGUCUCAUCACCACCGCACCUACAGCCCAUUUUCAACAUCAUCGCGCCGCCACUCUGGCUCCGGCGAUGAUGCUCCUAGGCAGUCCAGCCCAUCCUCAAGGUGGACGAUGCCUCUCUUCCGCGGGCGUAGUAGCAUCGGCGGCUCAGAUGACCACCGCCGGCGGAGCAGAGAUCUGACCCCCGAGGAUACUCGUCAGUCAAGAAGAGAUUCUGACUACGUCAUGUCAUCUUCACGUUAUCCUGGGGAGUCCCGACGCAGCAGCGCGGAGACGUCGCCAAGAAGUGGCUUCGAGGAAGAACCUCGCAGAAGUGAGCGUAGACGCCAAGCUUCUGUGAGCGUCUACUAA